AUGGCACCAUCGUUUGCAGAAUGGCUUAUCACACAUCCAGCGUAUCAUUUCAUGAUUAAGAUAAGCUCCGAAUUUCUUAAUGAUUCAUUCAACUUUUAUGGCUUAAAGAAGGAUGUAGAAAAUUAUCAAGCAGCGCUUUCAAUCAUUAAAAAGACUUCUUUCCACGAAGAUGUCUAUAAUCCAGUAGAUAUUGUUUCUGCAAUACACCUCUAUGGUCUUGCCCAUCAACGCUUCAUAUGUACAUAUGAAGGCUGUGAGAAAAUAGUAGCGAAAUGGCGUGCAAAGACCUACCCAAUGUGCCCAAGAUACUUGUGCAAAGGAUGUAUAUGCUUGCCUUACGGAUUAUCUGAAAUCCCAAAUGAAUUACAUGUUAAGUUAUUCUGUCCUAAUUGUCAAGAUGUAUACGAUGUAACUAAUCCAGCCAUCGCUAAUAUUGAUGGUGCUUACUUUGGCCCCACAUAUGUUCACUUAUUAAAGCAAAAAUUCAGAACGGUAACGCCUAGAGGACUUCCAGUAGCAUUUGUACCAUGUGUUUUUGGGUUCAAAAUGGAUAGGAAAAAAGAUAGGAAAUCGAAGAAAAAUACCAAAACAAGUUCAGACGAUCAGCCUCUUAGAGUAUAG